AAUUUUUUCGCAUCGACCGCCGCCAUUAUCAUCCUUCAGCAUCAUCAGCAGCAGCUAGAGUGUGAAGCUUCUUCUCGGUUUAUACGCGGACGCCAUUGUUUAUUUUCUGCCCGCUAAGCAGCGACAAAUCCGCCGUUCCGGUUUACGUUUCGACGCGUAAAUAGUGCGUAACCGGUGCAUAUCGGAGUGCUGGGUGCCGUGGUGAUAAAGUGCUUAACGUACGCAAAGUAGCCAAACUCCGGUAGUGUGAAAAAACGCAAAGUUUGGCUCGAACAUUCUGCAUCGAAACCCGAAAGGAAUAGCCAACUAAACGCGAAAUAGAAAGAAGAAAAACUGAUCAGUGUAGGAAAAAAAGUGUAGAACGAUUUUUUUUCAAUGAAAAAUCAAGUGAACGAUACUUGCAAAGUGCAAAGUUUAUUAAUCGGUGACGCGUAGUGGCAUUAUUUGAUCAAGAACUCCACCGACAGUGAAGUAAUAGUUCAGAGUGAAAAUUUUCGCAUCUUCUGUGUGGCAUGACAGCCAUAUCGGAAGUGGCUGCUGGCACCGAACUGGUCCCAGCAUCCGCGAAGAAUAAUGCCAUCCUCCGAUGGAAGCGCGUAACAAAUCCCAGUGGGCCGCAGCCACGGCCUCGUCAUGGCCAUCGGGCCGUUAACAUCAAGGAGCUAAUGGUGGUCUUUGGCGGUGGAAACGAAGGAAUCGUCGAUGAGUUACAUGUCUACAAUACAGCUACCAACCAGUGGUACGUGCCAGCCACCAAGGGAGAUGUUCCGCCGGGAUGUGCCGCGUACGGAUUCGUCGUCGACGGAACCCGCAUCUUGGUUUUCGGCGGUAUGGUCGAGUACGGCAAGUACUCCAACGAACUGUAUGAACUCCAGGCUACCAAAUGGGAGUGGAAGAAACUGAAGCCCAAACCGCCAGAGUCCGGACUGCCACCGUGCCGACGGUUGGGUCACAGCUUUACGCUGGUCGGCGACAAGAUCUAUCUGUUUGGCGGCCUUGCCAACGAAAGUGACGACCCGAAGAAUAAUAUUCCCAAGUAUCUCAAUGAUUUGUACAUUUUGGAGAUCAAGAACAAUCAACUGCAGUGGGAGAUACCGACGACCUUCGGCGAGAGUCCACCACCGAGAGAGUCACACACUGCAGUAUCUUGGUACGAUAAGAAGCAAAAGAAAUACUGGCUGGUCAUCUACGGGGGUAUGUCCGGAUGUCGACUGGGUGACCUUUGGCUGCUCGAUACGGACACUAUGUCCUGGACUAGACCUCGAACCAGUGGCCCUCUUCCACUUCCACGGUCGCUGCACAGCUCGACCCUCAUCGGCAACCGGAUGUACGUCUUCGGUGGAUGGGUCCCACUGGUCAUGGAAGACGUCAAAGCCGAGAAACACGAAAAGGAAUGGAAGUGUACCAAUACGCUCGCUUGUUUGAAUCUCGAAACAAUGACCUGGGAGGAGCUGGACCUAGACACGGAAGAGGACAACAUGCCUCGGGCCCGAGCCGGACACUGCGCCGUCGGAAUUCACACCCGGCUGUACAUCUGGUCCGGACGCGAUGGCUACAGGAAGGCCUGGAACAACCAGGUCAGGGUUUGCUGCAAAGAUCUGUGGUACUUGGAAGUGGAACGGCCAACAGCCGCAUCCCGCGUCCAGUUGGUUCGAGCUUCAACGCACUCGCUCGAGCUCUGUUGGCCAUCGGUGCCCUCGGCGGCCUACUACAUUCUGGAAGUGCAGAAGAUACCGCAACCUCCCCCAACACCACCGGCAGCGCCAGCACCGGCUCCGGUUCCGAGCAUUACUCCAACGCCGGCAGCUGCCGCCGCAGCAUCCCCGGCCCAUACUCCAGCGGCCAUCGCUUCCCCAAUCGCUGCCAUUCCGCAACCUGUACCAGUGGCUGCAGCAGCCGCCGGAUCGAUGUCUCCAGCAGCGGCACAGCUUCCGGCAGGGCUUACCAGCGGGGAACCUCAUCUGCCGCAACCAAUUAUCAAAACCCUUCCGGGUCGUGCCGUGGCAUCGCCAAUCGCCGUGUCCCCAUCACCAGUGGCCGUUCAUCCGUCAGCAUCCCCGCUGGCUGGCAGUGCCAGUCCGAACAUUUUGCAAACUGCCGCCCAAGCCAUCAGCAGUCCGGUGCACAAUCCACCCGGAAUGCAAUCGCCAACGCCGAUUGCCAUGGCCGCCGUACCAUCCUCCCCGGUGCACAGUGUCACUUCGCCUCCGGUACAGCGCAUCGUCACCAAGGUUCAAGCGGCCAAACCGCUUCAACAACAGCAACCGCAGCAACCGAAACAGGUGCUCACUCCAAGCUCUCCGAUUCUUCAGCAGCAACCAACGCAGAUCAUCCAGACCCAGGUUCAAGCUCAACCGAUUGUGCAACAGCAGCAAGUUACUCAGAUCACCCAACAGCAACCGCAAACGAUCCGCGUGGUCAGCGGAACGGGUGCCAUUUCAAAUGCCCAACAGAUCACAACAGGUGCAGGAACUCCAAUCCGGGUGCUGUCUUCGACCGGACAGCAAGUACGGAUUGCCACUCAGCAACCGGUGGUUAAUGUUAGCACCGCCACCGUUCAGCAAAUGGGCGGUCAACAAACUGCUACGGUACUGCGCGGUCAGAACAUCGUCACCGCCGGCGGUCAACUGCAACAGCAGCGUAUUGUCAGUGCUCCGGCAGGAUCGACCACUACUACCGCUACGAUAGGUGGCAAACAGAUUAUAUUGCAGAAGCCGUUGACUAUCGUAGGUGGAACCGCUGGGGGAACUGCUACCGGUACGAUCAAUAACGCUGUCAAUCAGCCACAGAUCGUUACCCUGGUCAAGACCAGUCAGGGAAUGACCGUUCAAACCCUGCCGAAAAUGAACGUACUACAAAAGGGAACGGUAGCGGGAACCAUCCAACAACCGCAGCAGAUUGUCACGUCGAACAUUAUCGGAGGCGGUGGUACCAUUCAGCAGGCGACUGUUGGUGGCCAGAAGACGGCUGUUAUCGGAGGCAACGUGGUCAAGUUGAUGUCGUCCACCGGAACGAUAGGUGGCAAACAGAUCCUGAUGAAGAAUCCGAACAUUGUUCAGGUUGGCAAGGUGGCUACGAAUGUUGCCGGCAAACCCACGCUGGUCAUCACCAAUAAGGCCGGUCAGCAAAUUCGAACCGGCAAUCAACAAGUCAUCGUGGUGACGACUCCACAGGGUAUCCGUACCGUCAGUGGAACCGUCACGUCGUCAGCGAAUAAUUUCGUCUCACUGUCAACUUCACAGAUGAUCAAUACAAUAUCUACGUCCCGUGCCACAAACAUCGGUGGAGCAACCGUUUUGCAAGCGGGCACGGCUGGAACCGCCGGUACUGCCAAUAUCGGUGGACAAGCCAUCAAGCUGCGGGCUGUUCAAGGAGGAAAGCCCAUUACCUUCACCGUUCCCGUUGGAGGACUGCAAGCAGCGGGUCAGAAGAUCAGUGGCACGCAGAUAAUCAACAUGCAGCAGAAGUCCCUCACGAUUGGUGGCAAGGCCGUCACUGUUCAGCUAGCUCCCUCGGCUGGCGGCCAGAAAACGGUUACCAUUGUUCCAUCGUCGACCGGAGCAGGCACUGCUGGAGGAAUUGGAACCACCAUGACAGGCGUUCAUGGUCAGCAAAAGAUUGUCAUGUUGCCAUCGAAGACGACUACGCGGAUAGUGACUCAACAGCAAUAUCAGCAGAUUCAACUUCAGCAACAGCAAGCGCAACUCCAACAGCAACAACAGCAGCAGCAGCAGGAACAGGUUUCGACGGAUGCCGCGUUCGCCGCCCUGGCUGCUGAAGCCGGUCUGAUUGAGAAUGACGGCGAUCAAAUUGAGCAAAUGGAUGGAUGCUUCGAUAUGUUCGGUUCAGACGACGACUCAGACGAGGAAGGACAGCUAGGUGCUCAAAUCAUAGAAGUUGAAUCGAUGGAAGGUGCUUCUAAAUGUAAAAAGAUGAAGCUAUGGCCUGGCGUCAUAGAACAGCUGGACGGAUGCAACGAUUUCCUUUCUUCCGAUGACGACGAAGACGUUGCUAUGGAGGAAACUGUGUCGAGGCGGACACCUCGGUACGUACGAUUAGGACUGUUUGGAGGUGCUGCAGCAAUUGGGACCCCGGAGGGAGAAUCGACCCAAGAGCAAGAUCCGCUUGCUCAAGGUGAACCACCGGCGGAAGGUACAGCGGCUGCAGCGGAAGGUGCCGAAGGCCACGCAGAAGCCAAUGCUGCCGAAUCGAUGGAUCAGGAUGAACCGAUGGAGGCAGAUGCUGCGGCUACUGCAUCAGAGUCGCAACAGCAAGCAGGUGAUGAGGGUGUUUCUUCGGCCAGUGGCUUAGACGAUCAGCAGCAACUUCUGUCCGGAGAGGAAGCCGGGGAAGUCGAUUCCAGUCAAACUGCAAAUGGUGAUUUACCUCCACCGCAGCCGUCGGAAGCUACCGAAGGUGAUGCUCCGGAUGCCAGUGAGGCUACAGCGGCCACCGCAGAGCCGGCUGAUGUUUCGAUGGAGGACGUAGCCCUCCUGGCGGGCAGUGGUGUCACCGAAGCGGAGCAAAGUGGGUUUGCGGAAUCGACAAACAAUAUGUCCUUCGGCGAUCAACCGGAUAGCAGUGCCACGUCCACGCAAGACGCGGUGAAGGAUGCCCUCAGUGCAACUACCGCUGUGAUGACUGGCAGUCCCGAUGACACGAGCUCAAAGAUGGCCGAUUCAGCCUUAGCACCACCCAUGACCACAUCCGGUACUCCCGGAACGGUUCAACUGUUGAACGCUGACGGCACUUCGACAACCGCCACCACAAUGGUCGUCAGUGUGAACAGCGCUCCCACUGCAUCGGAAACCGAAGCGGCCAACAUUCUCACUACCAUCAAAAGCGGAGAGCUGCUUUCUCUGCAAAAUGCCGAUCUGCUCGCCGCUGCUGGUUCCGGUAGCGACAAUAUUAUACAACUCAACUCUGGUCUGCUGCAGUCAAGUAGUACAAUGGAAGGCUUCACGAGAUCUUUAUCCGGCGAAACGCAAACCAUCACGUUCAAAACGACCGGAAACGGUAGCGAACUAACCCAGGUUGCUACCUUGGCCGAUGGAACUCAACUGGUAGCACAGCUUCCCAGCAGUUCCAUGGUCAAAUCGGAAGACCCUACAAACACCAUUAACACUAGCACCGGAGGACAUCUGGAUGCACUGGCAGAGGCCGCUGCCUCGGCAACUUCCGUACUUUCAGAUCUGAUGAGCACGACGUCGUCAUCGACGGUUUCAUCAUCCCCCUCGGGAGUGCUCACCAUCGCUGCAAGUCCACAGACCCAGCAGCCAACGGCCACCACCAUCAAGUACUUCGAUGCCAACUCCGCCAACUCCAAGCAGUUUAUGUUGACUUCGCCUGUGUUACAAUCACCGGUAAAUCCCCCGGCCAAUAUUUUGAGCAAUAGCAGCAACGGAACGAUGAAUUCAUCUGUCCCGACGGUCGUCACAACGAUUCCUGGAACUACUGCUAAUCCAGCAAGUAAUAAGAUAAUCACCUCUACGAAAACCAUACGGGGAACGAACGCCAAGGCGAAAGACGAAAAGGAAGACGCCAAACCCAAAAUUAAAGACGAAUCGGAAAAGUGGUACACCGUGGGCAUCUUCAAGACCCUAUCGCACACUGUGUCCAACUUUGUCGACUUCGACGAGUGGAACUGCCUGUACGACGGCGAUACGCUCACCGCGGACAACCUUCCGGAUUUGGUCAAGUACAAGAGGAUAAAUCUGGAACCGGGUUGUGCCUAUCGAUUCCGCGUGGCGUCCAUUAACAGUUGCGGCCGGGGCGAAUGGAGCGACGUGGCACCCUUCAAGACCUGUCUGCCAGGCUUCCCCGGUGCACCAUCGGCUAUCAAGAUUUCGAAAUCGACCGACGGAGCUCACCUAUCGUGGGAACCGCCACCAUCGACCACCGGCGACAUUUUGGAGUACUCCGUUUACCUGGCGGUCAAGUCGCAAAAUGCCAAGGAUAAGGCCAACCAAUCGGCGCAGCUUGCAUUCGUGCGGGUCUACUGCGGACCGAACAAUCAGUGUACGGUGCCGAAUCAAUCGCUGCUGACGGCGCACGUUGACCAGACAUCCAAACCGGCGAUCAUUUUCCGCAUUGCGGCACGCAACGACAAGGGCUACGGACCGGCCACGCAAGUCAGGUGGCUGCAAGAUCCCCAAUCGGCCAAAGGAACGCCUGCCCCCGGCGCCGCAGGUCAAGGCACUGGACCGUCUUCGGCGGCGGUGAAACGACUUAGCGACAAAUCUCCCUCGACGAACACGAAACGGGCAAAAACGGGCGUCAACUCGUCGAUGAUUACAUCGCCGAACUAGGUGGGUUCCGUUGCGAUUCGGUUCAUACGUCGAUGGUUGUAAAAUGUACAGGACUAUAAGAAACAGGAUCGGUGUGCGAUCGGAAGCAAAUCGUGUAAAAAGUAGCGUCGCAAAUGUAGUUUUAAUAAUCGGAUAAAGUGUUAGGGCAAACCAUAUUAUUACAACAUAUUUAGAAGAAGUUCAGACAUUCAUUUUCGGUUGAACGGAAACAGAAUCGAUUGGAGAGAACGCAAUUGCAUGAGUGUGAUGUGUUAUAUAUUUUUUCCUGGUCGGAAAAGCUUAUUUUAUGGAUUGAGAUAUGCUACUCCCAGCUCUUUAUACAUAGAAAUUGAAGUUGAAGGUAAGCGCAACUGAAGUUUGGCUUUUUGUCUCGUUAGUGCUUAGGGAAAUGAAGAAAUUUGCGGAAUUUUCUAUUAACCAGUUUUAAGAAUGUCACUUAUUAAUUUACAUAGCUAAUUUUGAAGAAUGCGACACAUCCAGCAGAAUUAGCAGAAGGAAGAGAUUUAGCGCAAAUAACAGUUGUGUGUGUGCUGAUACAGAAAGACGAAGCGGAUAAUAAUUAAAUGAACAUAUUAGCUUUAGGAACACAAAAUAUAGUAGUGUACACAAACAAGAUCGAAAUGAACCCCUAUAAACAGACAAAAUGGUUGUUUUCUCGGUUUCAAUUUCGUUAUAAUUUAUGUGAAUCGCAGAGAUAAAGGAACAACUCUAAACUUUACUAAACUUUAAAAUAUGUAUUCAUUUUUUCACUUGAGAAUGAUUAUUUAAGAAAUGAUAUUUCAAUCCGUGACAUAUUCAAGGGACGAUACACAUUGCAAACUGAUUUCUGUAUUGAGUUGUUGAAAGGUAAGCUCAUAAUGAAAACUGGAAAUAUGAUUUUGUUUGUAACAACUCUCUCAACAUACAUCCCAACCAUAUUACAUUGGGAAAUAUUAUUCUGGUGGGGUGAGAUGAUGUGGCUCGAUAACAGGAAGCACCUUCAAGCUGCCUCGUCUCACCUCAUCCGUUGAAUAGCCCCAGUUAUUAGAUCUAACAUUCUCCUAAUGAAAACGAAAUGAAAGCAGGAUCUCUUCAUCCUACAGACAUUAUGCACAUAUUAACAAAUUGAUGCUAUUCCUAAUUGAUAGUUGUUGUGAUUUCCUAAGCAAAUAUAAGAAAACCCUAUUGAUGAACGUGUUUCCUUUGAUUUUUAGUUGGUUUUGUGCGUGAAUCUACUAAGGCGGUUAAACUACUUUCAUUCGACGAUUAUGAGUGUGUCAGUGCAACAAGCUGUAGAAUGAAUGGACGUGGAAAAAAAAUAUAUGCGCGAUAGAUCCCUUUUCUGUUUUGAAAGCUUAUUCUACUCACACAUGAUGCAUGAUUUAUACAGAAAACCCAUUAUAAUAGAUCGCAGAAGGAUAGAACUAGAAACCCUCAAUACAUAUAGAAAUCAACAAGCAGAAAAAUGGAAUGGAAUCCGAUUCCUCGAUUUUUUCUUAUUUCUCGGGAAGCAGAAAAAAGUAAUAAAGCUGUAAGGUAUUUGUUAAAACAUUCAA